AUGGGAUCCCACAUAGCGGAACUAUUUACUGAAAUUGACAAACUCCGUGUUCAACUACUGAACAAUGCUGAGGUAAUGGCGGACUGCCAGCGUGUCCAGGAAGGAAUAAGCAACAAUGUCAUUUUCACCCGCAUUGAAAACAUAAUUCUGGGAAUAGUGACCAGUCUGUCUAAAGAUGAGGCCCCUGUCCUGGCACUGCCCAACAGAUCCAGCUGGGCCAACAUCAGUUUUGACAGUGCCGUCGGGCUUCAAAUGAGUUCAGAAAGCUCUGUCACCACCAUUAGGAGCGACUGUCCUAUGUCUGUCACUAAAUUUGCACAAAUUCUCAAGAUUCUCUCAGUCAUCUACAGACUUGUGCAGAGUAACUCAUAUGCUACAAAAAGAGACAUCUACUACAACAAUACACAGCUGUUUGGUUCACAGAAAAUUGUGGAUAGUAUCGUGGAUGAUAUCUGCUGCUUGCUAAAGGUUCCUCGAAGAUCACUGCAUGUGUUGGCCACGUCCAAGGGAUUAAUAUCAGGUGAUCUGUGUUACAUGGAGGAGGAUGGCACAAGGAUUGACUGCCACUCCAGCUCUGCUGCUGUUGCAGUUUCCUCAAACAUUGAUGGGAUUAGAGAUAUUGUAUCGUCUGCAAAAUUUGUCAUGAUAGUUGAGAAGGAUGCAACAUUUCAGAGACUGCUAGAUGACAACUUCUGCACAAAGCUCUCUCCUUGCAUCAUAAUAACAGGCAAAGGCGUGCCAGAUGUGAACAGCAGGUUGAUGGUGAGAAAACUCUGGGACACGCUGCACAUCCCCAUCUUCGCCCUGGUGGAUGCUGACCCUCAUGGCAUUGAGAUCAUGUGUAUCUACAAGUACGGAUCAGUGGCCAUGUCGUUUGAGGCCCACAGUCUGACCGUCCCCAGCGUUAUGUGGCUAGGCCUCCUCCCCUCUGACCUCCAGAGAUUGCGGGUUCCAGAGGUCGCCCUGAUCCCCCUCACCAAGAGAGAUGAAAGCAAACUCAACAGCCUCCUUGAAAGGCCGUACUUAACUAGUCAACCGGAGUGGCAGAAAGAGAUGGAGCUCAUGAAGCAGAGUAAGGUCAAGGCUGAAAUACAGUCCCUGGCAGCCAUAGCUCCUGAUUUCCUCACCAGCAUCUACCUGCCCAAUAAGCUGCGUUUUGGAGGCUGGGUAUGAACGCAAUGAUGCCACCUAGUGGAAUAAAAAGUUAACAGUUCAAACUGGUUGCAAAACUAAAGAAAGAUCUUCUAUGUAACGGUCCUGCCUAAC